ACGGCAGUCUAGCUGUUUCUUAUCUUUCUCCCCCUCCCUGCCAACCCGGUUGCCUGGUGGCGAACAGCCGCGUCUUCCCAUUCCGUGGUUGCUGUUUGCAAGUAGGAAGACUCACACCCCGUGGCAUUCAAACCUGAAAUAUUCGGAACUACGGCAUCUCAAACGAACAACAGAAAACACGACCGAGUUGUGGAAGGUACCGAAGGAUUGUUCGGUGUCCCGAGAAGGGCCGCCUUUGGUGCGGUGAGCAGCCUGAUUCGCGUUCCCGUUACUGAGAUUGGAUAUGAUCGGAGCUUUGAAUGAAAAUGGGUGACAUUUUGGCAUAUGAAUCUGAAAUUUUUGGACUGAUCAAGGAGUAUUUAAGAUUUUGUGACUUUGAAGAAACUGUGAAAAUUUUUGAGAAGGAAUGCAAGGGCAAAGGAAAGCCUAUCCCCAAGACUAUAGGAAAUGGUUUGAGAGAUUCAAAAACUUUAAUAAUUCAGAAAGAAUUCUUGACUUCAUUUGAGGAUGGUGAUGAGAAGGUUUUUUUUAAUCUGUGGGAAGAGCACAUUCCUGAGCACAUCCGAGACAAGGAUGCUCAGUCACAAAAACUGGAGUUUUAUUUGCAUAUUCACUUUGCCAUCUUCCCACUAAAGACUACGCUUGGAGCACUGGACAGAAGUGAUUUGGAUGAGAGGAUUGCUGAAUUUAAACAUUAUUUGGAGACGAGGGGAGCUGCAAUGAGUCAAACUACAGAAUUUUUACCUUAUUAUGCACUACCAUUUGUUCCAAAUCCAGUGGCACACCCAUCAUUCAAAGAACUGUUCAAGGAUUCCUGGACUCCAGAGCUGAGAAAAAGACUGGAACAGUUCUUGUCUCUAAUACUGAAAGCCAAUAAUGCUCCAAAGCUGCUUACUUUAUUUAAGGAGACUGGGUCAAGCAAUAAAGAGUAUGUCCAUCAGUUACAACAGCAGCUUCUGGAUGCUGAAAGGAAAGCUGCAACGUACAUGAAAAGGUAUAAUAAAAUGCAGGCAGAUUAUCAUAACCUGAUUGGAGUGACGGCAGAACUUGUAGAUUCAUUGGAGGCCACCGUUACUGGAAAAAUGAUCACACCUGAGUACCUACAGUCUGUUUGUGUCCGCCUUUUCAGCAACCAAAUGAGACAAAGUGUGGCACAGAGCAUUGAUUUCACAAGGCCUGGAACUGGAUAUUACUCUCUGAGCUCAAAUGACAAUGAUGAUGGAUAUGCAUCCUCCAUGUUAAGGGCAUCUAUCGCACCACCGAAGUCCAAAGAUGUACCUCUUCUCCCUUCGCUGGAUUAUGAGAAGCUGAAGAAAGACCUUAUGUAUGGGAAUGACCGUUUAAAGGCCUUAUUGCUACAGGCACUCCGCUGGCGACUGACCAGAUCCUAUCCUGGAGAACAGAGGGAUACAGUAUUACAAGGUUAUAUUAGUAAUGAUUUGCUCCAGUGCAACAGCAGUAAUCAGAGAAGUGUACUUCAGUUGCUGAAUUCCAAGAGUGAGGUUGUCAGGCAAUACAUGGCACGACUAAUUAAUGCUAUUGCUUCUUUAGCUGAGGGGCGAAUAUAUCUAUCCCAGAAUCCAGUGCUACUGAGAACGCUGGAGAAUACACUGAAGAAUGGAGAGAAAGAUUACCUUAUGAGAGAGAAUGUUCUUGGUGCCUUACAGAAAUUGAGCCUUAGACGUGCAGCACAAACCGCAAUGAUCCAAGAUGGAAUUGUUAUGUGGCUGGUAAAUGUACUGGAGGAUACAGAUUCUCUAUCUGACUACACCUUAGAAUAUUCCGUGGCCCUCCUCAUGAAUCUCUGCCUCAGGACUGCAGCUAAGAAAAAGUGUGCCCAGCAUGCUAAACAUGUUCUCAAGGUGCUGUCUGACCUACUGGGCCAUGAGAAUUAUGAGAUUCGUCCAUAUGUAAAUGGAGCUCUCUACAGUAUUCUUGCAAUUCCCUCAAUACGCGAGGAGGCAAAAGCCAUGGGUAUGGAAGAAAUUCUCCGUUGCUUUUGUAAAGAAGGAAAUGCAGAGAUGAAUAGGCAAAUUGAGUUCAUCAUUAAGCAGCUUAAUUCAGCUGAAGCUUAUGAUGAUGGGCUUGAGUCAGAUGAUGAGGACGAAGAUGAUUAUGAUGAAGAAAACCAGAAUGCAAUGGAAUCUGAUCUUGACAAAGCAGAAGUACUGCAACCUCAGCCAAGAGAGCUGUCCGGAGAGGCAUUGCUAAAUUCAGAAUAUCUUGGGAUUAUGGCACAUACUUUAAAAACAAGAAGGAAAGCAGCUGCAGUUCCUAGUCAGAUUAUUGAUGAACCACUCCAGCGGCCUGUCACACCCAGCUAUCACCGGACAAUUCUAACACAAGACGCUAAACCAGGACCUGAUGUGUAUUACCCUUCCAACUCGUGCGGGAGUGGGGAUAACAAUUUGCAGUCCAUCCACAUUUCUCGACCAGCUACACGGAGUGGGAGCAGACCCAAUACUUCUGAUCGCUGUAGUCCGAUUUUAUCUUUAGAUCCUGAGACUGGCAAAUUUUUUUCUCAUGGUUCUGGAAUUGCACAGAAGUUAGAAGCCUUGUCUCUUCAAUCUAUAUCUGACCAAAGCACUGAUGAGCGUAAUGGACAGACAGAAAGCUAUGAUAACUUCAACCCUGCAUUUACUAGUCGACCCAAGAUUCCUAGGACCCCAGAGGUUUCAAAUACAAGCCCUCGAAAGCCCAGGACACCACCCAUUGCCCCUCAGUUCUCUCAGUCUGGUCCCCAGCAAACCAACCGACCAAAUUCAGGAGGAUCAAAUGGAAAAAACAGGCAAAGCAGCCAGUCAUAUAGGAAGUGAAAACUAGAUAUUUGAAUACGCAAGUCAGUUACUUCUCUUGAGAUUCUUCCAGUUAGCAAGGAGUCGGUUUUUAAAUGUAACCCUCUGUUUAGUCCUACACAUCAAGUCUUCAGGCAUUCUCUUGAGGAGAGUGUGUCUUAAUAUACUGCAAAAGUCUGCACGCUCACUCGCCAACAUCCACUUUUAUAUAUCCCUUUUAUACUUGGGGCAAAUGGCAUCUUGGAGAAGGUCCUUCAGAUUCAGGAGCCCAAUCAAGUAAAUAAAGAUUUGGUGGAGUGUGACAGCCAUAAAUAUGUGGUUACAUAAUGCCAGUUGUAGCCCAUUAAUUUAACCAACUGCUAAAAUAUUUUAUGAGUAAACUGCAUUCAAUCAACAAUUUUUUAAAUAUAUAUUAUGGAAAAGCAUUAGUUCUGUGAAAGACAAAAAAAAAAAUAAUUAAGGGAGACAACUGCCUGUUUCUGAAUUCAAGGAGAGAUUACAGAGUUUUCUAAACUACACACUUGCUAGCCUUUUUUUUUGGAGUAGCACUUCGUUUGAAUCAUUUACAAAUGCAAUAAUGUUGGUACAUUGAAGACGAAUUCCCAUUCUUUUAACAACAUCAUUGCUCAUCAAAUUAUUUUUUCUUAAUCCUUAUGUUUUCAUACUGAAGCAAUAUGAUCUUGUGAGGGGUAACAUAAUAAUUGUAUGUAUUUUGUGUAUAUUUUGGGAUAACUAUAUUUUUAUAAGAAGCAAAUUUUGAUAUAUUCCAGGUUUAUGAUUUGGAUUGUGUUUCUGUGUCCACUUUCCACUCCCUUCUCCCACAUUGCUGUCUCUCCCUCUCCUCUCCUCUCCUCUAGUAAGGAAUGAGGUUGCUGUUUUCAAGUACAGUCUUCACAUCUCCUUUUGUUUCCUUAACAUAACUGCAAGUGUGAUGUGUGGCUCCCUGCUUUUAUUCUCUUCUCAUCAAUUCAGUGUUGUUACAUGCAAGUAUUUGUGUGUUCCCUCACCUGAAAUUCUUCUUGCCACUCUCUUAUGAGUGUUAUUUUUUUGUGUUUUUCAAAUGCAUGUCCUUGAACUUAUCGAGUCUUUUCGCUCAAACUAAAUUGAGUAGUUGUUGUGUUUAUUACUUUAUAAAUCAGGGUAUUUAUUUGUCUAGCUGGUACUUUUACACACACUGUAUCUUUUGUAUUUCUUUCAUAAGCACAUUUACAGUGACACGUAAACAUUUGUAUAAUUGUGGUUUAUCUGUAACAUAUUUUUAUCCUGUUUUUAGAUUGUGUGCAGUGCUAUAUUUUCAUAGCCAUUGACUGAAUUUAUUGUUCUAUGUGUAUUAAUAAAUAUCCUUUAAAAUGUU